UAGAUGUUCCCAGUCCCCCCUCUUGCGGCGUGAGGCUCUGCUGGAAGCGGAGCCCCGGUGAGACUUGCGGGCUUGUCCUCGCUGGCCAGUGAGGGAAUGGCCGCAGCGGCGGACGGAGCCCGGCGGCAGCUGGACAAGCUGCACAGUCUGCUGGCAGCCAGAGACAGCAAAAGCGCCUCUGUGGAGUCCCACAAUGUCAUCACCAACCUCAGCCACGACUUUCUGGAUACCAGUAAUGAAAGCAGGCUGGCUCUGCACACCUCUUUGAUAUUCUCCAAGGAUCAAGGAUUACUGAUCUUCCUUCGCAAUUCACUUGGCAAUGAAGAUUUUCGGGACUGUAGAGAAGAGGUUUUGAAGUUAGUUACUGCAUUUGUUGAAAAGAUUAAAAAUGCUGUUAGACCACAUGCCAAUGAAAUCAAGGAAAUGUGUCUUUCGAUGUACAGCAAAGAAAAAGCUGCAAAAUGCAAGUCUGCUGCCUUAGACCUCCUCCUUGUGUUGCUGCGCAGUAAAAUGUCUUUUCAAGAAUUUAGAAUUGGAGAAAUCUUCAACAGAUUUUACAUGGAAUUGGCACAGAAGAGCAAAAUUCCAGACACUGUACUGGAGAAGAUAUAUGAACUUCUGGGGGUUCUAGCUGAAGUACAUCCUGCUGAAAUGCUUGAUAAUUCGGAAAAACUCUUCCGUGCCUACUUAAGUGAGUUGAAAACUCAGAUGACUUCAGCAACAAGAGAGCCAAAACUACUUGUGGUGUCUGGGUGCCUUAGAGGACUAAAAGCACUUAUGGUUAACUUCACUAAAUCUGUAGAGGAAGAUCCGAAGACAUCAAAGAGUAUUUUUGACUAUGCAAUGAAAGCCAUAAGUCGACAGACUGACAUGAAGCGAUAUGCUGUUCCUUUAGCUGGAAUGCGUCUAUUUGCAUCGCAUUCUAACCAAUUCAGCAGCUACCUCCUAGACAACUAUCAAGUCCUUUUUGAAGCAAUGUCAGUAUGGUGUGGCCAUACUAAUGCUGAGAUGAAAAAGGCAGGCAAUGCUGCUCUUGAAAGUUUCCUUAAAGAGAUUGCAUUACAAGUGGCAGAAAAUGCACAUGUGCAUAAAGAUAAGUUGCAGUACUUUAUGGCACAGUUUUAUAAAAUAAUCCGGACAAUGGAAUCAAGCAAUAAAGAACUCUCAAUUGCUAUUCGAGGAUAUGGACUUUUUGCAGCGCCCUGUAAGGCUGUUGGUUCAGAACACGUUAACUUCAUGUACACGGAGUUGAUUCAGCGUUGUAAACAGAUGUAUCUUACAGAAGCAGAUACUGAAGAUGACAAUAUUUAUCAGCUUCCCAGUUUCUUAGACUCCAUUGCAUAUGUCAUCUUCCACAUUGACAAGGUCCCUGGAGUUUAUACAUCGGUGUUAGAACGUCUAAUAGUGGUUCAGAUGGAUGGCUUCCCACAAUAUAGCACAAAGAUGCAACCAGUUUGUUGUCAAUCCAUUGUUAAACUCUUUAUUGCUUUGGCUGGAAAAGGCCCGAUGCUCUGGAGUUUUAUCAGCACAGUAGUGCAUCAGGGUCUGAUUCGCGUGUGUUCAAAGCCAGUCCUACUUCCCGGGGAGGGAAAAGGGAAACUUGGGCCAGGAUCAAACACACAGCAGUCAUCUGGCACCAGUGGCAAUGUGGCAACAGGAAAAUGGAGAGUUCCAUCUUAUAAGGAUUACUUGGACUUAUUCAGAAUCCUGCUAGACUGUGAGAAAAUGAAGGUAUCCGGAUUGAUUGAGGAGACAUUGCAGAUCAGUGAAUCACCCCUGAAGUCAUUAAAUCGCCUGCUGUAUGAUGAGUUUAUUAAAUCAGUGCUCAAGAUUAUUGAGAAAUUGGAUCUGACUGUGGAUAAACAAAACCCAAAUGAAGAAGGGGGGUCGGGUGACAUCAGCAGUGCCAUAGUAAUUCCCACAUCUGACCCAGCAGCUAAUAUGCACCCAACUAAACCAAAGGAUUUCACUGCCUUCAUCAAUUUGGUAGAAUUCUGUGGGGAGUUGUUAUUGGAAAAGCACACCGAGUACUUUGAACAUUGGAUGUACAGAUUUGGACAUGAGCUCAUUCUGCGAUCAACACAAUUUCCCCUUGUCAGUGGAUUCUACAAGCUUCUGUCAGUUGUAAUGAAAAUUGCCAAAAAGAUUAAGUAUUUCCAGGGUGUUAGCAGAAAAUCGCAAAAACAUUGCACCAAGAACCCAGAGAAGUUUGCCUGCUUUGCUUUAUUUGGCAAGUUUGGAAAGGAGUUGGCACUGAGAAUGAAACAGUACAAGGAUGAGUUACUAGCUUCCUGUCUGACUUUUGUGCUCUCUCUGCCUCGUGAAAUAAUUGAACUUGAUAUCAAGACUUAUAUUCCUGCAUUACAGACUACAUUUAAACUUGGUCUUAGCCACAUCCCUCUUGUUAAUGCUGGGUUGGAUGCUCUAGAAGACUGGUCCUACCAUCUGCCCAAGCAAACCAUUCAACCUUAUUACAAGGACAUCUUACCACAUUUGGAUGGCUACUUGAAAACAUCAGUUUCAAGUGAGUUUGAAAACAACUGGGAAAUGGUGAGGAUUGAUACCUCAACUAAGGGAGGAAACAAGAUUCUGAUAAAUCGCCUGAAAAAUUCAUCAAAUCUUUCUAUGAGCGAAGAAUCGCCUGCUGCAAAUGUGAGGCGCAGGGUGGUGCGUUUACUUGGGUGUCUGGGGGGGGACAUCAACCGGAGUCUAGUGACAGCUGCUUCUUCUGAGGAACUGAUGAAGAAGUGUGUUGCUUGGGUGGCAGAGAAGACAUUGAGCUUUGCAGUACCAUUUUCAGAUAUGAAACCUGUGAUUUAUUUGGAUUUAUUCCUACCACGCAUCUCUGAGCUUGCCCUUUCUGCUAGUGACCGACAAACUAAGGUUGCAGCUUGUGAACUGUUACAUAGUGUGGUUGCUUAUAUGCUGGGAAAAGGAUUACAGAUCUCUGAAGGGCAACAAGAACCAAUGUACCAGCUGAACAAGCAUAUAUAUCCAGUCUUGCUCCGUCUUGGUUGUGAUGUGGAUAAGGUAACCAGCCAGCUAUUUGAACCACUUGUCAUGCAGCUUAUUCAUUGGUUCACCAAUAACAGGAAAUUUGAAAGUCGGGACACAGUGGCUCUGCUGGAGGCAGUUCUGGAUGGCAUUGUAGAUCCAGUGGACAGCACUCUUAGAGACUUCUGUGGACAAUGUGUACAAGAAUUCCUCAAGUGGUCCAUAAAACAGACAACUCCACAGCAGCAGGAGAAGAGUCCAGUAAACACAAAGUCGCUCUUUAAGAGGCUGUAUAGCCUUGCUCUUCAUCCCAAUACCUUCAAGCGACUCGGAGCGGCUCUUGCAUUUAAUAGCUUAUACCGAGAAUUCAGGGAGGAAAGGACCUUGGUUGACCAGUUUGUGUUUGAAGUAUUGGUUGUCUAUGUGGAAAGUCUUGCCCUUGCACAUUCAGAUGAUAAAUCAUUAGGUACAGUUCAGCAAUGCUGUGAUGUUAUUGAUCACCUAAAACGGAUUAUAAAACAGAAAGCUCCUGAUUUGAAUAAACCUGCCAAAAGACGUGUGCCCAGGGGAUUUUCCUUGGAUCAGCAGGUGUGUUUAACAGAUGUUGUCCUGUGGCUGCUGGCUCAGUGUGGAAGACCCCAAACGGAGUGUCGGCACAAGUGCAUGGAACUCUUUUAUGAGCUCGUUCCCUGUUUGCCAGGAAACAAAACAGCGCAAUCUUUUCUGGAUGAACUUCUAAGCAAGAAUGAUGUUGAUUUUCUUAUUAAUAAAUUUGAGGGUGCUGGCAAUGAGAAUGAUGGCUGUUCAGGAAUCAUAUCACAUCCCACGCUUAAUGAUCUACAAGAACCCUUCAGUGUAAGAACAGUUGUGCAAUGGAUGGAUAUGUUAUUGGCAGCUCUAGACUGCUACAAUACCUUUAUUGGGCUCCAUAUCCUCAAACCCAGUAAACUUCUUGGAACUUCCCAGAAGUCUGGUUUUCUGAAAGCAGUGGGUUUCUUUCUGAAAGAUCUUGCAAUGCAUGACAUUAAAGCUGCAGAGGAGAGCUUUGCUUAUGGGAUCAAGGGCACACUUUACAGCCCCAAAGAGCGAGAAGAAUACAAUUAUAAUAAAUGCACGAUCUUAGUCCGGAUUAUGGAAUUUGUUAGUAUGACACUGGAGAAUUGUCAGCAGGAUUUCUGGAAGGUGCUUGAGAAAGACUUACUAAAUUCCAGUCUGUUUGAAUUAAUAGCCGCAGUAGUGGCUGAUCCACCCAGUGUUGGGUUUAAUAUGGCAGAUGUACAAGUGAUGAAAGGUUUGCCUGAUUCCUGUGUAAGGCUUUUGAAAGCUGUUUUAAGAACACCUUAUUGUAACGUGUUUGAAGACAGCAUGAGGAAAAGAAUUACACCACAGAGCAUUGAAGAUCUGUGCAGUGUGGAUCUCUACAGUCAGACAGAUCAUGACAAAUUAAGCUCCAUCCUUUCAGCAUGCAAACAGCUUUACAAGGCCGACCUUCUCAACGCUGUACUGAAGUACCAGACAGGUACGCCACUGAAUUCAAAGCUUUUGUCAGCUGUCUACAAAGGAAUGGCACCUGGAGAUGAGAGAAAAUCACUGCCAUCAAUAGAUGUUAGCAGUAAGGUGUUAGCAGAUGGGCUUUUACAACUGUCAUUUUCCCUUGGUGAGCAGUGUGAAGAACUGGUUUCAUUGCUUUUAAACACAAUGGAGCUCUCCGUCCCGCUUUCAGGGGAAUCCCAGAGAAAUUUCAUCAGAUUUUCCCAUGGUGAAUACUUCUACAGUUUGUUUCCCGAAACCAUUAAUGAUGAAUUGCUCAGAAAUCUUAACUCUUCAGUUGCCAUGUUAAUGAAUUCAGCAAGCAAAAACUCUAAAAUGGUCAGCACUAUUCUGAAUGGAAUGCUUGACCAAAGUUUCAGAGAUCAGAAUGUACGAAAAAAGCAAGGUAUUCUCCUGGUCAAUGCGGUACUUACCAACUGGUCAAAACUUGAGUCUUGGUGGUCAAGGGAAUCUAGCUCUGAGAGCAAAAUGGCUGUCUUGACACUCCUAUCCAAAGUGCUUCAGAUUGAUUCCUCGGUCUCUUUUGGCAAUAGUCAUGAAGCAUUUGAAUUGGUAUUCCAUACCUAUAACACUAUAUUAACGGACUCAACAUUGGCAUUGAACUUGAAGACCCAAGCAGUGAUUAUACUGCCAUUUUUCACUCGGCUUCCGGAAGAAAAUCUUUCAAAACUUCAAGACUCCCUUGAUCAAUUUGUGGCUGCCCAUUUCCCAAUGAAAUCAGAUGAAUUUCCCAAGGGUACAUUGAAGUACAACAACUAUGUAGACUGUAUCAAAAAAUUACUAGAUGCUUUGGAGCUAUCUCAGAGCCCAUUGUUGUUCAGGCUUCUGACUGGAGUUCUGUGUCGUGACAGUAAACACAUCAUGGAGGAAGCAUUUCAGACCUGCUUUCAGAAUAUAGCACAUCGGGGUUCCUGUGCAAAGCAAGUGGCCCUGCUAGAAGCUGCGUAUGAGAUGUUUGAAAAUGAAGAAAUGCCUCAAAAUACAAGGCUUUUUGUUCUGGACCGCUCUCUGCUUACCCUCAUUUCUCACUGCAGCCUAGAUGCUUUAAGGGAGUUUUUCUGCAAAAUUGUGAGGGAUGCCAUGGAAAUUUUACAAUCUAGAUUUGUAAAGUCCUUCUUUGACAACCAAUUGACAAAGAAAAUUGGUUGUUACAAGAUGUUUGAAGUCAUGUAUGCACGCUUGUCGAAGAAUGAUGUCUAUUCAGAUCAGUCAAAAAUAAUCCAAGCUUUGCAUUCCUCGGGCACCAUAGAAGGCAACAAGCUUUCAAAACUUCUACUGAAGUCCUGUCAUGAUGCAGUUACGGAAAACAUGGCUGGUGAAACUCAGCUUUUGGAGAAGAGGCGUCAGUACCAUUGUGCAGCGUAUAACUGCAUUAUUUCAAUCCUUUGUUGCAUUUUUACGGAGGCUAAAUUUUAUCAAGGAUUCCUUUUCAGUGAAAAACCGGAGAAGAAUAUUUUUAUCUUUGAAAAUUUGAUAGAUAUUCAACGCACCUACAAUUUUCCAGUGGAGAUUGAAGUCCCAGUUGAGAAGAAAAAAAGGUAUUUUGCUAUUCGAAAAGAAGCUCGAGAUGCAGCAGAGGGUGAUUCAGCAGAACCCCAUUAUUUGUCCUCGCAGUCAUACAUGGUUGACAGUAGUCUCAGUGAAGAAAUGAGUCAGUUUGACUUCUCUACUGGUGUUCAGAGCUUCUCGUAUAACUCUCAAGAUCCCACGCUGCCGAUGGGACGUUCCAGAAAGAAGGACUGGAUGGAAUCGGGUAUUGUGCAGAAUAAUAUCGUGGAGCUCGAGAUGGAUGAAAUGAACCAGCACGAAUGUAUGGCAACCAUGACUGCUUUGAUCAAUCACAUGCAGAAAAUGAACAUCACACCAAAACCUGAAGAGAGUAAGGAAGCAUGUGAGCUUCCACCAUGGAUGAAAUUCCUGCAUGGAAAAUUGGGAAAUCCUUCAACUGCCUUAAAUAUCCGACUCUUCAUUGCAAAGCUCAUCGUUAACACUGAGGAGAUAUUCCAGCCAUACGCACAGGAAUGGCUGGGGCCUUUGCUCCAGUUAGUGGUUUCUGGUAAUAAUGGAGGUGAUGGCAUUCAUUAUAUGGUGGUAGAAAUUGUGGUUACUGUUUUGUCUUGGACAAGUGUGGCUACCCCAAAGGGAAAUCUGAAGAAUGAGAUCCUGGCAAACCGCUUGCUGGAGUUUCUGAUGAAGAAUUGCUUUCAUGAGAAGAAGGCGGUGUUCAGGCACAACCUGGAAAUUAUUAAGACAGUAGUUGAAUGCUGGAAGGAUUGUCUGUCUAUCCCUUACAGCUUGAUCUUUGAUCGAUUUGCUGGAAGGGAUCGGAAUUGCAAAGACAACUCUGUUGGCAUCCAGUUGCUUGGCAUUGUUCUUGCCAAUAACUUACCCCCACAUGAUCCAAAAUGUGAAAUUGACAUUGAAAGAUAUUUCCAGAGACUGGUGCAAAACAUUUCCUUCACAAGAUACAAAGAGGUGUAUGCCGCAGCGGCUGAGGUCCUUGGCCUUGUCCUUCAGUACUCAGCAGACAAAAAAAUUGAUAUUCCCAUUCAUGAUACAAUUGCUAAGGAACUGCAGCAACUUUAUCUCAUGAAGGAGGACAAGUUUAUUGUGUGCUUGAGUAAGGUUGUGAAGCAUUUCCCUCCGUUUGCUGACAGGUUUAUGAAUGAAGUAUUUUUCCUGUUACCCAAGUUGUAUGGUGUACUGAAAACACACUGCCUGGAAGUGGUGAUGUAUCGAGCGGAAGAUAUACCUGAUGUUUACUUACAGUUGAAGAGCAAGCAUUUUGCAGAGAUUCUGGGUCAUCGGGAUGAAGAACGGCAGAAAGUUUGUUUGGACAUUUUGUAUAAGAUUAUUGCCAAACUAAAGCCAAUGGAACUGAAAGAAUUGGUCAGCUCAGUGACGUUGUUCAUUUCCCAUCCAUCUCCUAUUUGCCGAGAGAGGAUGUACGAUACUCUGAUGUGGAUACAUGAUAAUUACAGGGAUCCAGAGAGUCAAUCUGAUCCUGAUUCAAAAGAAAUAUUCAUGACUGCAACAGAUACAUUACUUCAGGGACUGACUGAUGAAAAUCCUGCUCUACAGUUGUAUGUCAGAAACUUCUGGAGCCAUGAAAGUAGAAUUCCAGUAGCCACCUUUGAAAGAAUGAUGGCCAUUCUUGGAUCAUUGUACUGCAACAAAAUAGAGACCGAGUUCCUCAGUAUAGCUACCAAUGUUCUUCUUGAAAUGACAAGCCGCAGCCCUGAUUACUCCCGAGAGAUGUUUGAAUAUCCACUAUCUGAAUGCAAGUUUCAGGAUUAUAGCAUCGAUUCAAGUUGGUAUCAACGUAGCAGAAUUCUUACUCCACUGUUUGUGGAAACUCAAGCAACACAGAGCAGUAUUAGGAGCCCAUCUCAAGAAGCAUCUCUAGCAGGUCACAGGUCAAUAGACGGUCAAAUUAGAGCUACCAUAACCCAUUAUGAGUUUACACCAACUCAGAACCCUGGUGCACGGAAUUUUAACUGGUUAACAGGGAGCAGUUUGGACACAUUUGCAGAGUACUCCCUUCCUUCGUCUGACUCGCUGUCUUCCUCAUUAUUUGUGUAUUCUAAGUGGAGUGAGAGGCCACUGAGAGCAGCUCCGAAACCACUUGGUCAAGACUUUGGCAAAAAAAGACUGGGUCUUCCUGGUGAUGAGGUCAACGAUAAAACAAAAGUUACUGAUCAGAGGGCAGACAUCCUACGCCUGAGAAGACGAUUCCUCAAAGAUCGUGAAAAAGAGACUUUGAUCUUUGCCAGAAGGAACAUUGAAGAAAAGUACCGUGCAAAGGAAAUGAAAACUGCCCGGGAGAUGAAACGUGAUGCAGCAGUCACUCUUUACAGAUGUUAUCGUGUUGGAGAUCUGCCCGACAUUCAGAUCAAAUUUAGCAGUUUGAUUGCUCCAUUGCAGGCUCUAGCUCAGAAAGACCACUCACUUGCUAAACAGCUCUUCAGUGCCCUGUUUUCUGGAAUUCUGGAAGAAGUGAAGAAAUCAAAGACAACUGCUGAAAUGAAGAGCAUUGGCAAAAAGUUGAUGGAAAAUUUUAGUUCCUUGCUGACCAGCACUACCUUAUGUUUUCCCCCAUUUGUCACCUGUAUUCAGGAUAUGAGUUAUCAUCACCCAGAUCUGCUGAAUCUUGAUCCCUCCAUUAUAAGCUCAACCUCUUCAGCUAGCUUACAACAACCAAUGGGAAUUCUGCUUUUGGAGCUAAGUUUGAUCCGUCAAACUUCAGUUGAGGAACCACCAGCAAAGAGAGCACGAGGCAGAAACCAGCAAUCUCCUGACACUACCCGAUGGGUGGAGCUCGCUAAAUUGUACCGAUCGAUAGGAGAUUAUGAUGUCCUGCGUGGAAUCUUCAGUGAAAAAAUUGGCACACAGCCCAUCACUCAGAAAGCUCUUCUGGCAGAAGCUAAAAAUGAUUUUGCAAAGGCUGUACAGUUAUACGACCAGGCACUGAAUUCAGAAGAAUGGAAGGAUGGGGAACCGACAAAUGCAGAGGAAGACUUCUGGGAUAUUGCGGCUCUGGAGUGUUACAACCAGUUGACGGAAUGGAGACCAUUAGAAUAUCGUUCCAUUGUCAAUAUCAGUGACACAACACCUGCAGAUUUAGAGAAGAUAUGGACUAAUCCUUUCUAUCAGGAGGCUUACUUGCCAUACAUGAUGCGUAGUAAAGUAAAAUUGUUACAGUUAGGUGAAGCAGACCAAUCUUUGCUGACAUUUAUUGACAAUGCAAUGAAGGUGGAUCAGAGGAGGACCAUAAUUGAGACUCACUAUAGCCAGGAGCUGAGCCUCCUAUAUAUCCUGCAGGAUGACUUUGACCGAGCCAAAUACUAUGCCAAUAAUAGUAUGGAAAUAUUUAUGCAGAAUUACUCCAGUAUUGACGCCUUGCUGCAUAAAAGUCGACUCACCAAGUUGCAGUCUCUUCAAGCCCUGACAGAGCUUCAGGAAUUUCUUCAAUUCAUCACUGAAGAAUACAAUUUAACCUCUGAAAAACCUCUCCGAAAGUUGAUGAGAACUUGGACAGGUCGAUACCCAGAACCAAAGAUGGAUCCCAUGAGCAUCUGGGAUGACAUAAUCACUAAUCGCUGUUUCUUCCUUGACAAGAUCAAGGAGCGGUUGUCGUUUCCUCAAGCUGAUGACAGUAUGGAGGUAGAUGACGAGGGAGCUGGUGUUCAGAUGGAAGUGGACAGAGAAGAGGAAGAUAUUAACAUGGCCAUUAGAGACUGUAAAUUUAACAUGAAGUUAAAAAUGUUAGAAAGUGCAAGCAAACAGAACAACUUCUCAGUGUUGACAAAACUACUGAAAGAACUGUUAAAGGAGUCCUACGCCAGAGAUGACUGGAGAGUAAAAUGGAUCCAUGGUUACAGCCGAUACAGACACAGGAACAGUCUGAAUUUGGGGAGAGCUGAGCAGAUUAAAACAGUGAUGAAGAAUAUCCCUUUGUUGGUUGAAACUAAGGUGGAAUAUCUAAACGAACACCGGCAUGUUCUCAGAGAUCAGAACACUUUGCUUGGUACAACCUACCACAUUAUGGCUAAUGCUCUGGCUAAAGAUCCAUCAUGUUUUCAGCACAUUGGAGAGGAUCAGCUGAGAGAAGUCAUAAGGUUUUCUGAAUCCACCAGUGAUGACGUAGCACAGGUUACAAUUGGAUUGUACAGAAAGGCUUAUGAAUACCUCCAAAAUUCUGUUAAAAAGACUGAAGAGGAGUUGCAGUCUCUUUCUGAAGAAUAUGUUGCAACAGCAGGAGUAAUUGAGGCCUACAUGAAUUUGGCAACUUUCUGUGACAAGUGUCUACGUGAAGAAGAAGAAAGUGAAAACAUUAUGAAUUUCCCUGAGCUGCAGACAUUCCCAGAAUGUGUGGUGGAGAAUAUGUUAAAAGCACUGAAAUAUAACUCGCAGGAAGCUCGGCUGAGAUUCCCGAGAUUGCUACAGAUUGUAGAAUUAUAUCCAACCAAGACACAGGACCUUAUGGCAAGAGAGGUGUCUUCCAUUCCAUGUUGGCAGUUCAUUGGUUGGAUUAGUCAAAUGAUGGCUCUACUUGACAAAAAGGAAGCUAGAGUGGUGCAGCACAUUGUAGAACAAAUUGCAGAUUCCUACCCACAAGCUGUUGUGUACCCUUUUAUGAUCAGCAGUGAAAACUUCACAUUUGAACCAUCUGAAGAUGGCAGUAAGAACAGGGAGUUUGUCGAAAGGUUGAAAACUAAACUGGAUAAAGGCGGAGUAAUUGAAAGGUUCAUCCAUUCUUUGGAGCAAUUGAGUAAUCCAGAUUUGUUGUUUAAGGACUGGUUUAAUGACGUCAGGAGUCAACUGGCAAUGAAAGUGAAAAAAGAUCUGAAGAGCAAGUACGAUGAGAUGUACUCAAAUCUGGCAACUUUGCAGACUCCAGGUAUUGGAGCAUUUAGAAGAAGAUUUGCUCAGAUUUUCAAAAAACAUUUUGAUCAAUAUUUUGGACAAGAUGGCUCAAAACUGCUUACGAUGGAUGUUGAUAGAUUUAGCAGAACAGCAACAAAAAUCUUGGAAAGUGUGAGCAAGCUGGAGGCACCAGGAAACCUGAAGGAGUAUUCACCAUGGAUGAGUGAAUUCAAGCCCGAGUAUCUAAGCAAUGAGUUAGAGAUUCCUGGGCAAUAUGAUGGUAAAUCGAAACCAAUGCCAGAAUACCAUGCAAAAAUCACAGGAUUUGAUGAAAGGAUAAAGGUUAUGCGUUCUAUAACGAAACCAAAGCGCCUGAUAAUUCGUGGCAAUGACGAAAAGGAACAUCCUUUCCUUGUGAAGGGUGGAGAAGAUUUACGACAAGAUCAGCGAAUCGAGCAACUGUUUGACAUAAUGAACAUUAUCCUUUCUCGAGAUGCGGCUUGCAGUCAAAGAAACUUACAGCUGAAGACCUACCAGGUCAUUCCAAUGACAUCAAGACUUGGUUUGAUAGAAUGGCUGGACAAUACGUGUGUGUUCAAGGAUUUCCUUCUAACCAACAUGACUGAGGAUGAGCAAAAAAGGAAACCAGCACCCAGCGAUCUGUUUCGAAACUGGCUAUCAAAGAUGUCGGAGAAACAGGGAAAUGAGGUGGCAAAGUAUCCAUACAUGUACAUAAAUGCUAAUCGAACUGAAACAGUUAAAGCUUUCCGAGAGCGUGAGCACGCUGUACCACAAGAUCUGUUGAGGAGAGCAUUCGCACGAAUGAGCACUACUCCUGAAGCUUUCCUCGCCCUCCGCUCCCACUUUGCCAGUUCUCAUGCAUUAAUGUGUGUCAGCCAUUGGAUUCUGGGGAUUGGUGAUCGGCAUCUCUCCAAUUUCAUGAUUAACCUGGAAACCGGGGGCAUGGUGGGAAUAGAUUUUGGUCAUGCAUUUGGUUCUGCUACACAGUUUCUGCCAGUGCCGGAGCUGAUGCCAUUCCGUCUAACAGCUCAGUUCCUGAACCUUAUGCUCCCGAUGAAGGAAUCUGGCCUUAUUUACAGUACAAUGGUACAUGGAUUGCAGGCAUUCCGCUUGGAUCCCGAUCUCCUCCUCAGUACCAUGGAUGUCUUUGUGAAAGAACCGUCGUUAGACUGGAAGAAUCUGGAACAGAAACAAAUGCAAAAGGGAGGGACAUGGACAAAGGAGGUUAACACAGAAGAAAUUAACUGGUAUCCGGUGCAGAAAGUGAAGUGUGCUAAACGGAAACUCGAAGGCGCCAAUCCAUCUUCAAUCACCAGAGAGGAGUUACGACUGGGGCAUGAAAAGUCCAUGGCUUAUAAGAGUUAUAUAGCUGUAGCCAAGGGAUACGAAGAUUCUAAUGUCCGUGCCAAAGAACCAGAUGAAGGUCUUCCAGUAGAGCGACAAGUGGAGUGCCUGAUUGAUCAAGCCACAGAUCCAAACAUUUUGGGUAGAGCAUGGGUCGGUUGGGAGGCAUGGAUGUGAAGUCAGACAAAAAAACUGAUAUUUUAAAACAAUAUUAGUCAUUUGCUCAUGUUAAAGCAGAAAAAAUAAACAGAAGAAGAUACUUGGUUGUUUUCCUGUGGUUACCCUCAGUUCCUGGUAACAAUUUUGUCACAAGUAAUGAGUAAUAGUCAGAUGUUUGUCAUUGGACAGGGAAUAACUGGUUGAUGACUCAGCUAAGGAUAGUACUGUUUCCUUUUCUCAGCUGAAAUGUUGAGGUUUUUUUUUCCAUACAAGUGGAACAAAUACAAAGGAAUAAAUGUUAAACAGCAUGUAGUUUUUUUUAAACUGUUCCUGACAGGUGGCUGAAGGAGGGAUUUUAGGUUUGAUUUUUUAGGUGGUACUAAUAAUUGGGAAUGUUACGGUAACAUGAAGAGAAUAUUUUGGGUAUCAAUACUGAAAAUAUUGUUGAAAUCAUUUGUAGACAAAAAUUGCUAAAAAUGUAAAUUAAUCUUUGUGCCUAAAGUAUAUUGUUUAUUAGAAUUACUUGAAUAAAAUUAAAGAUAUGGAAAAUAAAAUAAAGUUGCUUUUCCUCCAGUUUGUAACUAGACAACAUACAG